GGGCCGGGCCCAUCCAGAGGGAAAGGACCUGCUGCUGCUGGCCCGGCCCCCCCCAGGCCUCCAGCCGGACCCCCACCGGACCACGGACCCCCCCCUCACCCCCCAGCCGGACCCCCGAGCCGGGAGGAAGGGUCUGCGGGGCUCGGCCCCCCACUCCCGCCCCACCCGAAGAGCCGGUCCUGCGGAGGAUGCUGCGGAGGAGGAGGAGGCGGAGGAUGCUGUGGAGGAUGCGGAUACUUCCAUCAUCCCACCGUAUUGAUUGAGUGCUUAGUUACCGCGUGCAGAGCCCUGCGCUAGGCGCUGGGAUGCUGCGCGCAUGACCUUCCCCUGAGCCCUCCCAGGGCCCUGCGCUGGGAUGCUGUGCGCGUGACCUUCCCCUGACCCCUGACCCCUGACCCUUGCGGAGGGGCGAUGCUGUGGCCUCCGGUGCUCCCCGCGCUGCUGGGCCUCCUGGUCCCGGGGGGCUGCGACCCGGCGGUGGGCCCGGCGGAGGCCGACCCCCCAUGGUGCCCCUACAAGGUGCUGGGCACCGGGCCCGGGGCGGGGGCCUCCCGGCUGUGCUUCCGCGCCCCGCAGCGGGAUUUCCGCUGCCCGCGCCGCGGGUGCCAGGUGUUCCGCUCGGCCGGCCGCUCGCUGGUGGCCAACGUCCUGCGCAACAGCAGCGUGCUGCUGCAGUGGGGCCCCCCGCCCGCCGCGCCCCCCGCCCGCCUCCGCGGCUUCGCCCUCACCUGCUCCUGGCGCGGGGCCUACACGCGCUUCCAGUGCGACCGCGUCCAGCUCGGCGCCGCCUGCCGCGACUACCUCGUGCCCGACCUGCACGACAGCGUGCGCUACCGCCUGUGCCUGCGGCCCCUGCUGCGGCCCCUGCGCGGCCGGCCCUCCCGCCCUGACCACCCGCCGGCCCCCGACGCCGACUGCGUGGAGUUCGCCGCCCAGCCCGCCGCCCUGCGGGACCCGGUGGUCGCCGUGACCGCCGUCGGAGGGGCCAUCUGCGUCAUGCUCGUGGGCAUCUGCCUGCUCGUCGCCUACACCACCGAGAACCUCGCCCACCCGGCCGGACCACGCCGCCCCGCCGCCCCCCGGACGCCUAGGACCUGACCCGGGACCCGUCCUGGCCGGAGGAUGGGGAGGGGGCCGGGACCCGGCCCCCUGACACAUCACCCAGAACCUCGUGCACCCUGCCGGAUGAUGCCCCGCCGCACCCCGGAUGCCCAGGACCUGACCCAGGACCUGCCCCGGCCGGCCGGAGGAGGAGGAGGGGGUGAGGACCCAGCCCCCUGACACAACACCCAGAACCUCGUGCACCCCUCCAUAGUCUGCCCCACAGCACCCUGAGGGCCCAGGACCUGACCGAGACUCGCCCUGGCUGGCCGGAGGAAGGGGAGGGGGCAAGGACCCAGCCCCCGACACAUCCCCCAGAACCUCGUGCACCCUGCCGGAUGACACCCUGCUGCACCCCGGCCACCCAGGACCUGACCCGCACCGGCCCCUGGCCAAAGGAGGGGGAGGAGGGGGCAAGGCCCAGCCUCCCGACACAUCACUGAGAAGUACACCCCCUCCACACCCCGGAGCUCCACUCCAGCUCUCCGAGAGCCCAGGCCCUGGCCGGAGGAUGGGGAGGGGGUGAGUAUCCAGCCCCCUGACGCAUCACCCAGAACCUCAUGCACCCUGUCAUAGGCCGCUCUACAGCACCCCGGGAGCCUAGGCCCUGACCGGGAUCCUGAAGAGGGGGAGGGGGCACGGGCCCCGCAACCCCCCCUCUGGAGGUACUCCCGCUGCCCCUCUGGGCACUCCCCGGCCCGGAGGAUUCAGGCUAUAGGAUCCAACCCCCUUCCCGGGACCCUCCAUCCCGACCUUCCCAGACAGGUGAGGCGGGGAGAGCUGCCUGGGGCUGUCAGGGUCCUCAGAAGCCACCCCUCCAUCUCUUCAUUCAGAAAAAUCUAGCAGUUGUCUCAUCGCUGCCACGGCCAGAGGAGGCAGAAAAAAUGCCCGGUCAGAGCUUCCUAUUUAGGAAAAGUCCCAGUACCAAGCAGGGCCAGGCAAGGAUGCUCCGCGUAUCCUGAUCAGAGGAGUUGGCCGUCUCGACUUCCUACCAUAGGUCUGCCCCUCUGCGGGCACCCCGGCCCUCAAACAUUCCCACCCGGCCCCUACCUCACCCCAGCGUGUUUGUCUGAUGUCCUGGUUUUUCCUUAGAGGAGCCCCGAGGCAUUGUAGCAGCCCCAGGGGUCCUCGCUGCCUUUCCUGGGAGCUUUUUUUGGGUGGGGGGGGGAUUUCUUCUGUUCCUGGGAAGAGCCAUCUUACCUGUGUACAGCCCAUAACCACGGUUCAGACUCAGUCCAGUCCGGGGCAGGAGCCCUGUGGGCGGGCAGGCCUUAUGCCCGAGGAGGAUCCCGAGUUUCCUGGAAGAAGAAGCCCAAGGCCACAGCUGGGAGCUUGAAGCGCAUUCGGUCGGCGGUUGGUGGUCGGUCCAUCGCAACCUGCAGCUGUUGGCAGAAGUCCGUGCGGGCCAAAUCGGGGAGAGGGGCUGGGCUGAAGUAUGGUCUCUUCCUCCUUUCAAGCGUGCAGGUAGCUCCCCCUUCUCUGCUUGCCCCUGGAGUCUCAGGUUUUUUUGGGGGGGGGCGGGCGGGAACGACCAUAUGGUUUAGAGCCAACCUUCAAUGUCUGUGAAUCUGUGCCUUAGUGGUGAAAGGUCUCCCAGUCAUGCCCACCACCUCCUGCCCCCCACACCGACCCACUCCUCCAGGGGCUAAGUCUGCCCACAUCCAACUGCCGCUCUUGAUUUCCCAUGGGACGGGCAAUAAGAUUCCAGAAGCUGAAGCUUCUGACCCUCCCGAAUGGAGUCCCAGACCACCCCAUUCUCCUGGGAGCCUUGGCUGUGAGUGAGUUGGUUGGGGGGUGGGACUCCAGAAGCCCUCCCUCCCACCCCUCUCGGGUUUUUGUCCCAAAUCAAUUAAUCAGUGGUACUUAUUGAGAGCUUACCAAGUGCAGAACACUGUACUCUGUCCCAAGCACUUGGAAGAGAACAGUCCAACAGAGUGGGUGGAAACGAUCCCUGCCCACAGAGAGCUCACGAGAAGACAUCACCGUGGGGGCCCGGGUCCCUUGGUGUUUUCCGAGUUCACGUGAGCCCGAGAAAGGGGGCUGCCGGGGGUGGGCCUUGGUCAGCCAGAAUCAAGAGAGGCAUUUCCACGCAGUGGAGUUAAGCGGGUUUGUCUCUCCUGGGAGGUGGGAAUGGGACCGUCAUCAUUAUUAUUGUUAGAGUAUUUAUUAAGUGCUUACUCUGUGCUGAGUACCGUGCUAAGCACUGGGUAGGUCCAAAUAAACAGUUCAGAUCCUGA